AUGGCUCUGCAAGUUACCUUCACCCAAGACAUGGGCCAGACACACCAGCUCGACGCCGAACCAGACGAAAGCCUUGGGUCUCUGAAGCAAAGGCUGUCUGUGAUGUUUGGAGUGGCAGCAGUUGGACUGCGGCUGGAGCACGAGAAGAGGGCCUUGCUGGACGACGCGAUUUCCUUGGAGGAGCUGCUCCCAGCUGACAGAGAAGCGGAUGAAGAUGAAGAGGCCCCUGACCGCCCGCAGCUGCUCCUGCACGUCUCCGUGCGAAGUGCCGAGGAGACCAGCCAGCUCCAGGCUUUAACCGGCAGUCCGCGUGCCGAGGUCGUCCAUCUGCUGGGAAGGCUCCCCCUCGCGGCGCUGAGCCAGGAGGUGAUUCUCACCGCUGUCGGCCGGGCUCCUGAAGCUUUGGGCCAUGUUGGGGAGUGGCGGGAUGAGAAGGAGGUGGUCUUGCGGGCUGUGGCGCAAGAUGGGCUGGUGCUGGAAAUGGCGUCGGAAGUGCUGAAGGAGGACGAGGAGGUCCUUCUCGCGGCCGUGUCGCAGAACGGUCUCGCGCUGGAGUUCGCCGUGGAGAGGGCCAAAGCAGAGCCGAAGGUGGUGCGCGCGGCCGUUGCUCAGAAUGGGCUUGCCCUGCAGUACGCGGCAGAGAGCCUCCGUGCAGAUCGCGCCACGGUUCUCGCAGCCGUCUCGUGCGACGGGCUGGCGCUGAGAUACGUGUCGGAUGCGCUCCGAGCCGACGAGGAGGUGGUCUUAGCGGCCGUGCAGCAGUGCGGAAGGGCCUUGCGCUUCGCGCGGGACGCGUGCAAGGCCCAGGCUGCGGUGGUGGCGGAAGCCGUGCGGAAGGAGGGAGCGGCCUUGCGGCACGCCGCCCUGGGCUGCAGGGCAGAUGCGGGCAUUAUGGCGCUUGCUGUGGCGCAGGAUGGUCUUGUGCUCGAGUUCGUCUCCGAGGAAGGCAAGUGCCAGAAGCAGCUGGUCCUGGCCGCCGUGAGGCAAAGCGGCCUCGCGCUGGAGUUCGCCGCCCCGGCGCUCCGCGCCGACCCGGAGGUUGUCAUGGCUGCGGUGGACAGCCAGGGCUUGGCGCUGCGCCACGCGGACCACGCGAGCCGGUCGGACCGAAGCCUGGCGCUUCGCGCUGCGACGCGGGACGUCCGCACGCUGGCGUACGUGGGGGAAGGCCUCACUGGAGACCGGAGCUUCGCGUUGGAAGCUGUGAAGCACCACGGCGCUGCUCUUCGGCACCUUCCAGCCUUUGCCGGAGACCGGGAGAUCGUUCUGUCCGCCGUGCAGCAAGAUGCCACCAUGCUGGGGGUGGCUUCGGCCGCGCUGCGCAGCGACCCGAGCGUCGUUUUUGAGGCCCUGCGGUCGGACCCCUCCGCCGUGCUCUACGCUGCGGAGCCCCUGAAGCGGGAUCGAGACUUCAUCCUCGCCGCCCUCCAGGUGAACCCACAGUCGCUCGCAUAUCUGCCGGACGUUCAAGGAGACCGGCAGAUGGUGCUGCAAGCCGUGUCCGGUGACGGGAGCGCGCUCCGCCACGCAACGGAUGCGUUGCUCCUGGACGAGGACCUUGUGCUGGAAGCUUGCGCCCUGAACCCUGAUUCCCUCUCGCACGCGCCGGCCCUCAUCUUCGAAGACGACGACUUCGUGCUCAGAGCCGUGGCUCGCCAGCCUCGUGCUUUCAGCUUCGCCUCGCACGACGUGCAGUCGGACCCUGCCUUUGUGUUGGAAGCCAUCGAAGUGAACCCCGCGACCUUCCAGUAUUGCUGCCAGGAGUUGAGGCAGGACCCUGCCUUUCUGCUCAAGGCGGCCUGUCAGACGCCUGCAGUCUUGUCGUACGUGGGCGACGACGUCCCUGUGGAUGAUGACUUCCUGCUGGAAGUUGUCGCGCUGCGCCCCGAAGCUGCAUCUUGCCUGUCGGGCGGCCGCGGGAAGGACAAGGACUUUGCCCUGCGAGCCGUGCAGAAGAAUGCUUCUGCCAUAAGGUACUUGGGAGUCGAUGAUGACUUCGCUCUGGAAGCCUUGCAGCUGUGUGGAGACGCUUUGGCUUUUCUUGACAGCUUCCAGUCCAGCAAGCCGGCAGUUCUUGCGGCUGUCCGCAGCUCUGGCACUGCCCUCGCCCACGCCUCGCAAGCGCUGCGCGCCGACCCGGAGGUGUGCCUGGCAGCUGUCCAAUCCGAUCCCAUGGCCUUGGAGUUUGUGGCGGAGGUCUUCAAGGCAGACCGAAGCUUUGUCUUGCCAGUCGUCCAGAAGAAUGGCCGCGCCUUGAUCUUUGCGUCGAAGGAGCUGAGGCAUGAUGAGGAGCUCGUCCUGGCGGCGCUGGCCACACACACAGGCGCAAUCGUCCACGCUCCGCCGGCCCUGCGCUCCGAGAGGACCUUCGUCCGCCGAGCCGUCCGCCAGGCAGGCUUGGCCUUGGAGCAUGUGGACAGCGAGCUGCAAAGUGACGAGGAAGUGGUGCUGGACGCCAUGAGCCAGGACGCAUUUGCCCUCCAACAUGCCAACGAGGAUCUCCGGAAGAGCAGUCGCUUUCUCACGCAGAUCUUGGAGCGGUUUGGUGUCGCUGACGACCCCGAGGGCCAGCCUCUCAUGGAGAGUGACGCCGAGGAGCUCCUGCACAAGGUGCAGGUACUGGAAGCCGUGGAGGCCGAGGUUCGGUCAGAUCGCGGGCUGCUUGUGGAGCUACAGCGGAGACGGCACACGUUGCUGAAGUCUCUGGCCUGUGUCACCUCCGAUGAGGCCAUCCACAAGGCCCUACGAGCCGGAGUCUUCUCGCUGGGCCGCGCGCUCCGCUCGCUCGAGUGGUUUCCGGAUCUUUGGAAUGCAGCACUUGCGGAACAGCUGCUUUGUCAGCAGCAGUUGGUGGAAGCCCACGCUACGGACAAGGCCCUUCUUGUCGAAGCUCUUCGUUCGCAAGCCAUCAGCCUGCAGCAUCUUGGGGAACUGCAGCCGGAUUGGUGCAGCGACCGCGAGAUCGUGCUAGCAGCCGUGGAGCAGAACGGCGCGGCCUUGCGGCAUGCUGCGACCCUGCUGCAGGACGACGGCGGUCUUGUGGCCGCCGCUCUGCGCAACGACGGCUUCGCGCUGGCCUUUGUGGCCCCAGAGUCCCAAGACCAGGCUCUUCUACUCCCAGCGCUGCAGUGGCACGUCGCGCGAGUCGCACGUGUCGCAGAGGCGAGGGCACGUAGCAGCAGUGCGCCGGAGCUUGGGCAGAUUUGCGACUGGGUCCAGCAGUGCAUGUUUCUUUCGCGGGGCGUGCUGGACAAGCUCGGAGCCAAUGAAGGUCUUGCAGUGGAGAUACUCCGAUUGGAGACAAGCAUGCGCGGGCUGCACGGGCUCACAGCCCUUCCAACGCUGCGGGAUUUCAUUGCAGUGGAGCUCGAGGAUGACGUCUUCAGGAUGCCCCGUCGAGCUGAGCUCAGAUCGAGCAGAACCUUUGUGCAAGCGGCAGUCAAGGAGGGUCUUUUCUGGCUGCAGCACGCAUCGGAGGAGCUCCAGAGAGAUCGGCGCCUGGUUCUGCAUGCCCUGAAGCAUGACCGCUUCUCACUUCAGCACGCCGCCGAAGAACUGCGUGGGGAUCGCCGGGUCAUCCAGCAAGCGUUGAGGCACAGCGCCUUGGCUUUGGGCCUGGCGUCGGACAGGCUCCGGAGACACAAGCGCUUGGUGUUGGAAGCCGCUGCAGAGAACUUCGCAGCCUUCGAUCUCGCGCAUGACGACCUGAAGUCGGACAAGCGCUUCGUGCUUCGUGUUGUGCAUGAGGCUGGAUUCGCGUUGCAGUUCGCCGCAGCCGCCCUGCGCGCGGAUUGCGAUGUUGUCCUGGAGGCAAUCCGGCAGAACGUGUAUUCGAUGGAGUUUGCCGCGGACGAGCUGAAAGCAGACCGGGACUUUGUCCUCAAGGCCAUGAGCAUCAACCCCACAGCGCUGGAGCUUUCCGGAGAAGUGAUCAAAGCUGACAAGGACUUGAUGCUCCAAGCGCUGAAGCUCAGCCCCGCAGCGAUUGGGCGUGCAGACACGUCGAUCAAGUCUGACAAGGAGGUGGUUCUUCGUGCUGUCGAGCAGAACACCCUGGCGGCGUACGAUGCAGCAGAAUCGGUCUUGGACCGCGAAUUUGUGCAGGAGGCUGCCCAUCGCAAGGGGCCCCUGUGUGGGGAAAUCCUCGACGAGGUGAAGGAAGUUCGGAAGCUGCCGUUUCGCAGCCGUGAGCCCGAGUGGUUUGUGGAGCUCUACAACUCCAAGUUCUCCUAG